CUUAUCAUAUUUUAUAUUUUCUUUAUAAAAAUAUUAAAAGAUAACAUAACCUUGUAAAGAAACUAAUGUUAUAUUGAAACGAUCCUGUUAGAUUGAUUGCUCAUGUGCGUUUUGUAUAUAACUGCAAUAACUUGGAUAAAUUGAUGGUUAAGUCAUGGCUGCAUUAAUGAAAAAGAGAGUAUUAGCUGAGUUCACUCAGAGUCAAACAAUAACCGAGCCACCUACAAAACGACUCAAAACACUCAAGCUCUUGGCUUCUAAUUCAGGAAAAAAUGGUUCCACUAACAAAGGAGGCUCAGCAUUAGCAUAUGUUGAAUGCUUAGAAAAAUGUAAAGGUGGCAAUGAUGCUCUACAAUUGUUGGUUCGCAUAUCAGAUACCAUUGGUCAAAUGGCUUUGGAAGAUAUCCCAACAGUAGUUAAGAAGUUGGCUGAAAGAUUUGCGAUUGAACAAGAGGCAGCAGUCAGAGCUAAAAUUCUUUGGAUCUUUGCUGAACUAGGUGAAAUAGCUCCUGAUUCUAUGGAAAAAACAAAAAUUGUUAAUGAAACAGCAAAUCUUUUGAAAAAUGAAGAGUCACAUAGAGUAAAAAGUCAAGGACUUGCAAGUCUUUUAAAAUUGGGAGAUUAUAACAGGACUCUAGUUUUAAAAAUUGCUAGAGAUCAUUUAUCAGAUACGUGGCAUGGUGUACAAACAAGGUGUUUAUCAAUAAUAGGCCGUUAUUUAUCUGCAAGUGCAGCUGAUGAUAAUCUAGUUUUAGUAAAUAAUUACUCCAAGUCUCAAGACCCCAGAGUUCGAGCUCAAGCAUUUGAAACGAUGGCUGAACUUCACACUCACAGAGGUUGUAGACUCCCAGCAAAUUUUUUCCAAGAAGCUUGUCAAUGUUUGCGAGAUGACUAUGAAAUAGUCAGACGGGCUGUAUUAAAAUUAAUCUGGUUAUUAGGAAAUGAAUAUCCAGAAAAUAUAAUAUCAGGAGGUCGUGAAUUUGGUGAAGAUAUGCGGAUGGUAGAUAGUGCCUUUUGUAAACUUUGUAGUCUUAUGGGAGAUCUUUCUCCUCGAGUAAGAGCCUCAGCCAUGUCUUUACUUGGUUCAUUAAAAAAUGUAUCUCGCAGGCAUAUAGAACAAGCAUUAGAUAAAAAGCAAAUAAGAGUUGAGGAUGAAGGACCAGGAGUUGAAGAAAGACCAGGCAUUAAUACAUGUGGAGCAUUUAUACAUGGAUUAGAAGACGAAUUUUUAGAAAUAAGAACGGCAGCGGUAGAGUCCUUGUGUGCAUUAUCUCUAGAAAGACCUUCAAUAGCUCAUAUUUCAUUGGAAUUUAUGGUGGAUAUGUUUAACGACGAAAUCCAAGACGUUCGCUUGAGGGCUAUUGAAUCUUUAAGAAAAAUGUCAGCACAUGUGACUUUGAGUGAAGAUCAACUAGAAACCAUUUUGGGAGCUCUUGAAGAUUUUUCUGGAGAAGUACGAGAAGGACUUCAUGCUACACUUGGUGCUAGUCGUUUAGCGACCAAAAUUUGCUUGCACAUGUGCGUCACUCGGUUACUCGAUAAUUUGAAUCGUUAUCCACAAGAUCAAGAUAGUAUUUACAAGUGUUUAGCUUCUAUGGGUGCAUCUCAUCCAUACUUAACAUUACCACUUGUGCCUCAAUUACUGGGACAGCAUCCAUUCUUUGAUACGCCAGAGCCAAAUGUUACUUUGUUAGCAUAUGCAAGUGUACUUGUUUUGAUAUUCAAUGCAGCAGCUCAUUGUCCAAGUAUGCAUGCUCUUUUUACAAACCACACAGUAAAACAUUAUCACUAUCUACGAGAUACAAUGCCACAUCUAGUACCUCGGUUGAAGCCAGCAAUAGUGAUUAGUAGUACCGGUAAAUCUGAUGACAAAUUCAAAGAUGAAGAAGUUGAAGAUGAAAAUGCAAGAAAAUUUUUGGAUAAAAUAGUUCAGUCCGCCGAACAAGCGAGACCUGGCGGCAGAGUUUAUACACAACUUUUGGAGGCUGCUGCUGUAGAUUUAGAUAGACUGGCUGAAAUGGAUUUACGAAUGGAAGGUGUUGCAAGAUUUUCUGCAUUGUAUAUACGUUGUAUACUUUUAUUAAAGUCAAUCACGAGAGAAUUGACGGUUUCUCCCAAUGCUAAUAACUCAAAUUCGGGAUCGACUAUAACAUCGAGGAUCAACUUAUUGCACAGAAAUGCUCAAAAGCUGCUCCGACUAUUUAUUGGACUUGGAGAAUAUGAUACAGCAUUAGCCACAGACGUUUGGCUAAAAGCUUUAGCUUUGGAUUUAGUUCGUGCUGCCAAUAAUGAACCUACUAAUGCUUUGACAUUGGCACGAUAUUUUCUUAACGAGACUGAUUCUUUACCAGAAGAUGCUACGAAACUGCCACCAUUUUCAAAGGCUUUAGUGCUUCAGUUGCCUGCGCUUGGCGAAGCAAAACCGGUAACUCUAGUGAAACUGCUUUUGCCUUUACUCGUGAAUCCACCAUUGAAAGGAGAAGAAAAGCUCCCAAGGCCACCACAAUCUACUAAGUUCUGUCGAGCUAUAAUUGAAGAUCCGGUUAGUGAUUCUGACAAUCUAUACAAAUUCACUGGUGGACUAAUCUUGGGUAUACCCCUAACAGCAAAGAUACUAAAUCUUCGAGAUCCAGAUGCCGUUAGGAUUAAAUUACGGCAUCCCGAUCAAAAAGUGCAGCUUUUGCUACCGCGCAAGUCCGAUUUGAAACUUCAAAAUAACGAUAUCAAUAACACGAAUGACUACAGGUUAAGGACUACAGUUUUAUUGUCUCAUCAAGUGUGGAUGGAAGCCUGCUCUGUAGAUAUAUCUAUAGCGUUGCUCGUACCUUCGGCUAUGCCUUGUUCACAUCCUCCAUUAGACGAUCCUUGCGUAAUAGAUUUAUGCAAACCUACAAAGAUCGCUAUUGUUCCCAAACCAGUCAAAAGAGGAAUUUAAUGAAAUUUAUUCA